ACUCCAUCAAACACAAAUUGACAAUAGUGAGGGGCAGCUAUAAAAUACAACAUUUACUAGGGUUCAUUUGGUUUUGUUUAUUGGACAGGCGAAAGUGCUAGCUGCUCUUGUUCCAACAUUAAAACGAUAUGGUCAUCACUAGAACUAGCACAUUUCACGCCCAUGGCUUUCGCUUCAGCUUCGGCUUUUACAGUUUGAGAUCUCAUUAUUUGUACUCAUCAUCAACCUCUUCCCAUUCCUUGGUUAACUAUCUUGUUGAUUCUCUCGGUUUCUCCAAACAAGAAGCAACCACUGCUUCCUCCAAGGUAACUUCAUUGAAAUCCUUAAACAAUCCUAAUUUAGUCAUCGAUUUCUUCAAACAAACUGGUUUCGACAACACCCAGAUUAAAACUAUUGUAUCUAGAUCCCCCAAAUUGCUUAUCCGUAAUGUUUCCAAAACCCUAAAACCCAAAUUCCAGUGCCUCAUGGAUCUCGGGUUAUCCGGGUCGGACCUUGCCAAUGUAAUUGCUAGAGAUUCAGUAAUCGUUGAUAGAGGUUUAGAUACUCAUUUGAGACCUACCAUUGAUUGCCUUAGGAGAAUUUUGGGUGGUGAUGAUGAUGUAAUUAAGGCUAUAAAGAGAGCUCCUUGGUUGCUUACGUUUGGUCCUCAUCAUACCAUGGAGACUAAUUUACUGUUGUUGAGAAACUUUGGUUUUACUGAUGAGAAAAUAAGAAAACUUGCGCUUAUGUAUCCUAGUUGUCUUACACAAAAGACUAAAAGGAUUAAAGAUUUGUUGCAUAGAAUGGAGAAUGAUUUUCGAGUUCCACGUGACUCUUCUAUGUUUCAUCAUGGAUUUCAAGUGUUAUCCUCGCAAAAGAAGUCCAAGUUGGAUAGAAAGAUUGGAAUUUUCAAGAGUUUUGGAUGGUCUGACGAUGAUGUACUCGGGAUGUUCCGCAAGUUGCCGCAUUGUAUUGGUCUCUCGGAAGUUAGAAUUGAGGAAAAACUGAAUCUUUUCAUGAAGGAGCUUGGUUUUCUACCCGCUUUCUUGGUUUCUCAUCCAGCUAUUUUGGUCUAUAGUCUGGAAAAAAGAGUAAUACCUCGAAUGCAAGUCUUGAAAAGUUUGGACGAAAGGAAGCUUGAGAGGAGAAUGUGGAGUCUUUAUACUGUUCUAACCUUAACAGAGUCGAGGUUCGUGGAGUGUUUUGUGCUGCCCUACAAGGAUCAGAUACCUGAUUUGUAUGAUAUACAUGAGAAAACUGUGGCUCCUUAGUAGUUUUUGGUUUACUUUUUGCCCUAAGGGUGCUGAGAUCAUUCUAAAAUUCUCGUUUGCAGUUCAAUACAUUUUUGCUUCCGAAAACAGUGUCAAUGUUUUCAUCUUGUUAUUUUUGAACAGGUAACAACUAAAAAACGUAGUCAGUGUUCCGAAACAUCAUUCAUGUAGUCAGGACAUAAUUUAUUGAAAGGCUUUCCUAAUGUUAACAAG